AUGAAGGAAAUCCUCGUUAUAAAUCCUAAUACGACUGUUAGCAUGACGCGGGGGAUCGAGCGGUUGAUCUCAUACUUUACAGCUCCAAGUGGUGUAAGCAGUAUCAACAACGAAGACGAUGCCAAAAUAUCAGCACUCCACUGCCUUCCACACCUGGAAUCACUAAUCGAGCAAUACGACGCGUUCCUAAUCGCUUGCUAUUCGCGACACCCACUAGUCUCACUUUUGAAAUCCAAUCCACGCAUCAUUUCACAAAACAAGCUCGUAACCGGUAUAUUCGAAGCCAGUAUAUCGCAUAGCCUGCAACUAGUAUCGUCAAAAGAGAAGUUUGGAAUCGUUUCAACGAGCAAAGUAUACGAAGAACUGCUGUCUGAUGCCGUACAUGAUUUUCUGGGAUCAGAUAGCUGUAAAUGGUUUGGUGGAGUUGAGACUACUGGGUUGAAUGCAUCAGAGUUGGAGCAUGCUCCUGAUGUUCGAAGUAGGAUGAAGGAGACUACGAAACGGUUGGUGAGGAGAGGCGAUAUUGGGGCUAUUUGUUUGGGUUGUGCUGGAAUGGCUGACAUGGAUAAUCUGGUGCGAGAAGCUUGUAUAGAGGAGAUGGGAGUAGAUAAAGGCAGCCGUAUAUUUGUUGUUGAUGGAAUCAUAUCUGGUCUAGCCUUCCUUGACUCCACAUUGUCCUUGAGAGCAAGGCCACAGCCUGCCUUUGCAGUAUCGUCGUCUAUAUAG